AUGCCGCACUCUAGACGAGAUUUCAGCAUCCUUCGCAUUCCCUGCACCAAACCAGGAUGCAACCAUUGGUUCAAGAACAAAUCUGGAUACACACAGCAUAUGAACACAGCCCAUCCAUUGUUUAGUGCUGCACCACCCUUAUGUGCAGAACCAUCUCAGUCUACUCGGCCACAUCUAGAUGAUCCGUCUCAGUUCAAUCGUUCUCCUUCACCUAUUUUUAAUGGAGACAUUGAUCCCAUACAAUCUGAUGGUGCCGGUGAAGAGGACCAUUCUGAGAUCCCUCAUUCUGUACAAUCACCCACACCUGCAGAAUUCGUUGGUCGUCCAUGUGAUCCUGAAGGGAAUUUUCUUCCGCCAGGAGCCCUGCCUUUGCCACUUUCAGAAAAAUGCCCCAACGAUUGGACUCCCUACCAUGAUCGGUUGGAAUUCGAGCUUGCCAACUAUAUUUUCACCAAAAAUCAGACACCCGCAGCACAAAUCGACCACCUUCUUGACCUGUGGGCUGCAUCGCUAAUCCAAGCUGGCGCUGACCUAUCACAGGUACCAUUCAAAGACCAUCGUGAUGUCUACAGGACCAUCGACAACACGCCUUUAGGUGAUGUUAAAUGGCAGUCGUUCUCGGUCAAAUACACUGGAGACAUUCCAGAUAGAGACCCCACACCCUGGAUGACUGAGAGCUAUGAUGUGUGGUUUCGCGAUCCUCAUCAAGUUGUUCAGAAUAUGCUUGCCAAUCCUGACUAUGCCACAAAAUUCGCAACAGAAAUGGAUGAGCGCCAAUGGCAGGACUUUAUGUCGGGCGACUGGGCUUGGAAUCAAGCAGAUCAAAUUGCUGAGGAUCCAGACACUCAUGGCUCGACGUUCGUGCCUGUAAUCCUCAGCAGUGAUAAAACCACAGUGUCAGUUGCCACCGGGCAAAAUGACUAUUACCCGCUGUAUGCAUCCAUAGGAAAUGUUCACAAUAAUGUGCAUCGUGCUCACCGUGGUGCAGUUGCAGUAGUCGGAUUUUUAGCAAUGCCAAAGACAACGAAACAACAUGCUAAAACUGCAAUUUUCCGCAAAUUCCAUCACCAACUAUUUCAUUUGUCACUUUCCUUUAUACUACAGAACUUGAAGCCUGGGAUGAUGAAGCCUGAAGUCGUGCGCUUCGGUGAUGGCCAUUAUCGCCAUGUAAUCUAUGGACUUGGCCCAUAUAUCGUGGACUAUGAGGAACAGGUUUUACUCACAUGCAUACAAAACUCUCUGCUUUGGGAUGAGUAUGGAAUAAUCGCUCAACUUGUGCCAUUCACAAACGAUUUCCCUCAAGCCGACAUAAAUGAACUCAUUGCACCGGAUCUCCUCCAUCAAAUAAUAAAGGGGGCCUUCAAAGAUCACUUGGUCGCCUGGGUUGAAAAAUACCUUGUGAUUACAUAUGGUCAAGCACGAGCUGAUGUCAUACUUGAUGACAUUGAUAGAAGAAUCGCAGCAGUGCCUGCAUUUUCAGGAUUGCGCAGAUUUCCUCAAGGACGCAACUUCAAACAGUGGACCGGGGAUGACUCAAAAGCUCUUAUGAAGGUAUAUCUGCCAGCAAUCGAAGGCUAUGUCCCAACGGAUAUUGUCCGUGCAUUCCACGCACUCCUUGAGUUUUGUUACCUUGUCCGCUGCAACAUCAUCACGAAGACGUCUCUCAAAGAAAUCGAUGAUGCAGUUGCUCGAUUCCAUCAGUAUCGUGAGAUUUUGAAGACCUCCGAUGUGAUUCAGACCUUCUCACUCCCUCGACAACAUUCGAUAAAGCAUUACAACACCCUCAUUCGCCUUUUCGGUGCACCGAACGGACUUUGUUCAUCUAUCACAGAAAGUAAGCACAUCAAAGCUGUCAAGGAACCAUGGAGGUGGUCCAGUCGCUACAAAGCACUAGGCCAGAUGCUCGUGACCAACCAAUGUCUGGACAAGUUGACUGCAUCAUGCCAAGAUUUUCAUGCGCGUGGGAUGCUUAACGGCACAUGUUUAACUUCUGUUCUCACUGUGUUGAACAUGCAAGCCUCCAGAGAACAUCACAAUGCAGGCCAACAUGAGCUACCCGUCUUGUCAGCCCCUGGAGAAGAUAAUAAGUACAUAGAAGGUACAAAACACGCGCAAAGGAUUCCAGAGCUUAGCGCCGAGCUUGAUAUUUGCAACUUGGCUGACCUUUCCAAUCCCAAAGAUACUCGCGACCCCACUGAGGUCCCUCUCCUAGAGUUCCCGCACUAUCGAGGUCAAAUUUCCAUAUUCAACUCUGCAUCAUCGACAUUCCAUGCACCCAGCAACCUUAGUGGAAUUGGUGGCAUGAAGCGCGAAUAUAUUCGUGCAUGUCCCUCAUGGAGAAAUGAGUAUGCACGCAAUGAUUGCGUGUUUGUGAUCACCGACUCGGACACUCACGGGAUGCAGGGCAUGGAUGUUGCCCGUGUCAUGGCAUUCUUUUCUCUUCAACAGCAUGGCAAACAGAUUCCAUGUGCGGUUGGCAAUGUUCCUGAUCCCGACACCGGCAUGUGGAUGGUUAAGCCAGCUUUUGCAGCACAAAACACCCCACACUUUGUGGUCAUUUACAUUGACACUAUCUUUCGUGCAGCUCACUUAAUUCCAGUAUUCGGUACAACCCCACUCUCACCAUCAAUCAAAUUCUAUCAUGUCCUCGACAUAUUCAAACUUUUCUACGUUAACAAAUUUGCAGAUCACCAUGCCUUUGAAAUUGCUUUGUAG